GGUUUCAAUAUGGCUGCGCCCAUGUGCAACGAGUAUCGGGUGUGUUUACAGCGUGCGGCUGACGUUUUGUGCGCACAUGGAUCGAGGGGAUUUCUUGGUCUCCCUGACGGCUGGUGGCCUAGCUGGAGUGUGUGUGGACCUGAUAUUGUUCCCCUUGGAUACAGUCAAGACAAGACUGCAGAGUCCUCAAGGAUUUAAGAAAGCUGGUGGCUUCCGUGGCAUCUAUGCUGGUGUUCCUUCCACUGCUGUGGGGUCCUUUCCAAAUGCUGCUGCCUUUUUUGCCACCUACGAGUUCACAAAAGCCACGCUCCGCAAAGAUGCCUCUCCAUAUUUAUCUCCUUUCACGCACAUGCUGGCCGCUUCCUUGGGAGAAGUAGUCGCUUGUCUAAUACGGGUUCCCUCUGAAGUUGUGAAACAGAGAGCACAAGUUUCUCCUUCUUCCAGCACCUUACGGAUCCUUACCAAUACUGUAUGCGAAGAGGGUAUUCUGGGACUCUACCGAGGUUAUAAAAGCACAGUAUUAAGAGAGAUUCCUUUCUCCCUUGUACAAUUUCCUCUGUGGGAGUCCUUAAAGGAUCUCUGGUCAUGGAAGCAAGGACACGUGGUCGAUUCUUGGCAGUCUGCAGUCUGUGGAGCUUUUGCAGGUGGAUUUGCAGCUGCAGUCACCACCCCUCUGGAUGUAGCCAAGACAAGAAUUAUGCUGGCAAAGACUGGCUCCAGAACCGCAAGUGGGAAUGUGCUGUCAGCUCUGCAUCAAGUAUGGAGGACACAAGGGAUUUCUGGGUUGUUUGCAGGCGUUGUCCCUCGAAUAUCUGCCAUCAGUCUUGGAGGCUUUAUCUUCCUGGGGAUGUAUGACAAGAUACGCCGUUUGCUCUUGUGAACUGGCUCUGGGACUCAAAAAGGAACAGCUGAGGAGCUGCUCCCUCCCCCCUUCUCCUAAGGAAAAAAAUGCACAUUUGUGAAGUUAUUCAUUUGCCUUCCCACAAGUUGAUCUCCCCGCAGGCCCUGGGUCCUGCCUCCUGUGGCUCAGCAGCUGUUCAACAGCCUGGACUCUAUUCUCACUAUUAUUUAAAAAAAGAAAGAAAGAAAAGAAAACCCUUAAUUCCGUUUCCCUAGUAUAAAAUGUCCCUGUAUGGAAACCCCUGUUCGAGUGGUGAGCUCAUUGGAAGGAGCAUGCCAAGAAAGGCAACUUUGGGGGGCAAAUGACUCGUUUUAUGGGCUCCAGCCUUGUGCCUGAAAGGCAUUAUUAUUAGAACUCAUUUAGGGAAAAUGAUGUGCAAAUGAGAAGAACAUGGCCUGCACUGCAUGGAAGGAAUAAAAGGAGCACUCAUUUGUUUUGUGAGACUGGCAUCACAGCAUUUACGUUACCCCAGGCCUGCCAUGCUCCAGAGGACAGAAGAAAAGAGGACAGGCGCAGGGAUUUCUUUCCUUAAGUGUGUGUGUGUGUGGUUUGAACCCCAUUUGGAAAGUUUAGACCACUGUUCCUACCUGCAGGUGCAUAGCAAGCAUUCUUGCUUGGAUAAGCAAGGCUGCCUUUUUUAAUUAGACUCAGAUUUCUCCAGUAAAAGUACAAUGUUGUAUUAUUUUACUGUCUAACAAGGUUGCCUAUGAAAAUGAAA